AUGGGCAUCCACUCCAUCUUGCGCCAGGCGCGCGCGCAGGGCUGGCGGGACGACACGGUCGAGUACGCCAUUUUCCCCGACCCAGGUUCCUUCGAGCUGCCGCCCCUCGCGCCGGGUCAGGCGGCGGCGAGCGACGAGGCGGUGCGGCGCGGGCUGGAGGCGCUGCGCGUGGCGUGCCUCGACGUCGCGACGAGGCACGCGGGCGACGUGCGGUGGAACCGCGACCCCUUCCAGCUCUGGCCCGCGCCGCCCCUCGCGCAAGACGCGGCGGAGCAGGCGGUGCGCGGCGAAGAGGGGGAGGGCGAGGAGGAUCCGCCGUUCCGAUGGCGCGACAGGGACGGCGGCGUGGCGUGGGGGCUGCAGGACGACGACGAGGAGGCGGACGAGGGGCAGGGGGAGGAAGGGGAGAGGGCGGAGGGGGAGAGGGCGGAGAGUAAAGGCGGAGCGGAUAAAAGCGCGGGGGAGAGAAUGCAGGGGGGCGUGCCGGCGCACCUGUACGGGCGCACGCAGUACGGCGCGAGUGUGGAGGACGAGUGGGUGGUGGUGUGGCUGCUGCUGCGCAUCUCCGCCUGCCUCCCCUUCCUCUCCAUCCGAGUGCGCGACGGCGACGGGGACUUUGUGCUGAUCGAGGCGGCCACGGUGCUGCCCAAGUGGAUCGCGCCCUCCUGUGCGCGCAACCGCCUCCUGCUGCGCCAGGGUCGCCUGCAUCUGGUGCAUCCUUGUCUGCGCCGCCCGCCCUACCGCCCCGCUGCACUGCACAGGGCUCUGGCCGCCAUGCGCAGUGCCGAUGAGCCCACGGAAGCUUCUGAGAAGAUUCACAGUGCUGUGAUGAGCCGCAUGGCAGGGCUCCCAGACUCGGCGCUGGCAGCCUUGCACACCGCCAGGUGUCGCCUUCCCAUUCGUGCAGCACAGGUGCUACAGCAGGACCCGUAUCUGGCCACCCUGGCAGCCCACGCCUUCCUCAACAGGGACCGUGCGCCCUCCUCCCCCUCCCUCGCACCAUCCCCCUCCCGCCAUCCCUCGCAGCCCCUCCCCCUCUUCCUCCCCCACACCUCCUGCCCCUGCGCCCUCGCAUCCUCCCGUCCCUCCGCACCCCCCACCACAUCCGCCAACGCCUCCCCCAGCACGCCCGUCCCUGCGCCCUCCCCCCCUCCCUGUGUGGCGCUGGUGGACGUGAUGGUGGGGCUCCCCCGCACCUGCUACGCGCAGCUCGCGCUGCUGCCCUUCUCCCCCCCGCGCGCCUUCCCCCUGCCCUUCCCCUCCGACCCCCUCUAUCCCUCCGCCCUGCUCGGCUGCAAGCUCGCCCUCGGCCUGCACCUACUCGCGCAGGGGGGGGCCGGGGGGGGCGGGGGGAGGGGCACGAGCAAGGGCGGAGGUGAGGGGGAAGGGGGGAGGGAGAGCGCGAGAGGAGAGGGUGGGGAAGGGGGUGUGGAGGGAGCAUCAGAGAGCAGGGAGGUGUGUGUGUGCGAGUGUGACAAAGUGGUGGUGCCGCCAGGGAUGGCAGGGGGCGAGGGCCAUGGAGCGGGCGGUGGGGGCAGGGAGAGGGCGGAGCUAUGCGAGUGGAGCGACCUGCUGCCGUGGCUCUCACAGGCAGGGCUCUUCCAUUCCCCCCGCCCGCCCUCUGCUCCCUCCAACGCUGCCGCUGCUGCCGCUGGGGCUGCUGUGGGGGGCGAGGACCAGGGGGCGAGUGGAGAAGUGGGGGAGGAUCGGAGAAGGGCUAUAGAGAGGGAGAUGGAGAAGCGGUUCAAAGCGGUCCAGCAGUUUGCACAGCUCAGCGCCACAGCGGGUGAUCCAGCAGCGCGCAUCUACUGUGUGCUGGCAGGCCAGCCCGCGCCGCACCCCUCAGCCUUCCCGCGCGCAGCGCUGCGGGCAGACGACAGCGAGCGGUGGAUGAGUGAGGCUGUGCACGCUAUGGAGGCGCGCUUGAGCAAACAACAGGCGGGGGGGCGGAAGGGGGGCAGGCGCAAGGGGGGGCGUGAAAAGGGGGGAGCUGGGUUGAGGGGGAGGGGGAGGGAAGGGAAGAGUGGCAAAGCGGGGAGGAGGGAGAGGGAGGAGGUGCAGGGAGAGGAGGAGGCGGGGGAGGAGCAGGCGGGAGAGGAGGAGGCGGGGCAGUUGUUGGAGCGGCUAAAGCGAUUCAUGGCUGGCGUGUCUGGGUUUGAGGGCGUGGAGGCCCAGGGGGGUGGUGAUGACAGUGAUGGGGGCGAGAGUGGCAGGGGGUGGAGUGGUGGGGAGGAGGAGAGUGGUGGCGGGGAGGGGAGUGAGGGGGAGGAGAAUGGUGGGAAUGAUGAGGGCGGGCAAGAGGUGAGGGAGGAAGUGCAGCGGGUGAGUGUGGAGGGUGGUGUGGGAUUGCAUGAAGAGGAGGAUGGUGACGAGGAUGGCGGCGAGGUGGUGAUGGGGCGGGAGAAGCUGAGGGAGUUUGAGAGGUUUAUGGAGGAGUUGGAGGGGGUGAUGGAGCGGUACAGCGAGGAGGAGGUGAAGGGGUUCCGAGGCGAUGGCAGCUCUGAGGGCGAGGAGGACGACCACAGCGAGUCCGCCUUCUUCUCAGAGCCAGGCAGUGACAGCGACUGGGAGGACGCCAGUGACGCGGGCAGCCAGGAGGAGGGGGAGGGGGAGGAGGAGAGCAUGGGGCGUAUCUCGGGGCCAUUGGUGGUGGGCGGUGGAGGUGCAGGCAGGGGUGAGAGUGGGCCGGGAGAGAGCAGUGGGGCGGCAGGCAGGGGGGGCGCGGCAACAGGCCUGCGCCGAGGCUUCUUUGGCGGGGGCGCAGGGCAGCGGGGGAAGCAGGGUGGAGAGGCGAAGAGAGGGGAGGAAGGGGAGAUGAAGAGAAGAGAUAAGGGCAAAGGGAAAGUGGUGGAGGAGGAAGAGGGGGAAGGGAGAAAAGGGACUGAACACACGUGGCCAAGGAUGAACGGCAUUCGGCACUUGAUCCUUACAACACCUACACCUCAGUGCUGCCAGCCAUGCAAUAGUGCAGCCAAGCAAGAACUCAACAAUGCGGCCUGUGUGCCAUGGCAUAAGCGCCCCAAGUGCACGCAUGGCAGUGCAUGCGUGCACGUGCGUCAGUCGCCCUCCAGCAGGCAGUCUGUGAUCAUGCUCCUGCACGGGGGACAUGGCACACACGGGCAUGCGAGGUAA